AUGUCAUCAUCACCAAAAACAUCAGGGAAUUAUCAAACGAAUUGUUGUUAUCAGCAAUCACCCUAUGGAAAUAAUCCAACUGGACAAUAUACACUUGUACCACCACCACUACCACCACCACCAUCACAUCAUCAUCAUCAACAGCAACAACUAGUCAAUAAUAAUGUUCAAACAUUAUCACCAACAUCUCUAUCUAUGGUUUAUAAUAAUGGUCAACAACCACAACAACCAACUUCAUCAUCAUCACCAUCUUAUGGAACACAUUCAUCAUUAAAUGUGCUUCAUACACUUUCACCAACACGCUAUCAAAAUCAACAAAUUAAUGAUAAAACAAAUAACAGUUCAACAGCAGUUAUAACUAAUGGACAAGUACCAACAAUGCCAGUUAAUAAUGUUACAAAUAGUGCGGCAGCAUUAGCUGCAGCUACAGCAUAUAGAAGAAAUUUUAAUGCAUGUGCUAAACCACCAUAUAGUUAUAUAUCUUUAAUUACAAUGGCUAUACAAUUAUCAGCAAAUCGUAUGUGUACAUUGUCUGAAAUAUAUCAAUUUAUUAUGGAUUCAUUUCCAUAUUACCGUCAAAAUCAACAACGAUGGCAAAAUUCUAUUCGUCAUUCAUUAAGUUUUAAUGAUUGUUUUGUUAAAGUACCACGAAGUCCUGAUCGACCAGGUAAAGGUUCUUAUUGGACAUUACAUCAAGAUGCAACAAAUAUGUUUGAAAAUGGAUGUUAUCUUCGACGACAAAAACGUUUUAAAUCUUUUUUAGGUAAUAAACGUGAAAUAUCAUGUCGUAUACAACAUGAUCGAGAUUCGAAUAAUAAUAAUCGACGUAAUGGUAUAAAUAAUAGUCUUGAUAAAUCAACAACAUCAACAGGUAGUGGACAACGAAGUCCACUUUCAUCAGCAUCAGAUAAAUCAUGUGAUGAACAAUUAAUACUUAUGCAACAUCAUCAUCAACAACAACAACAUCAACAACAACAAAGAUCAAUGUAUAUGCAACAUCAACAACAACAACAACAAGCAUUAGCAGCAUCAGAAUCUCCAGAUUCUCGUAAUUUACAACUUUCAUCAUCAUCAGGUUCAACUGUUGGUGUUAAACAACUUAAACAGGAACAGUGUGAAUUUAAUCAAAUGUCAUUUGAUCCACAUACAUUUACUGGUUAUUCACCAUUUGCUAUUAAUACACUUAUUAUGCAUCAAGGUUUUGGUGAUAAUCCAGCAGCAUUAAAUGCAUACUAUGCAUCACAAUUACCACAAACAGCUUUUGUUCCAUCAUCAUCAACAGAUUAUUAUCAUCAUUCGGCUAUGUAUGCAACACAACCAACUGCGUUGUGA